GGUCGCGCCACAGGCACACUGGGCGGACGCAACGGAAAUAAAACAACAAAACGAAACGAAACGUAACAAAAACACAGAAAUAACGAACGGCUGACAAUUCUAAAAAUAAUUCCGCAAACCACCAGUUUUAAUCCAAUUAAUUAGUCUAAUGCUGACACAUCCGCUGUUUACAUAAAUGAAAGUAGUGUGUGAAAGGCUCUUCUCCGUGUCAUUGGAUGCUGCCAGGUUGAAAACCUGUUUUGGAUGCCCGUGAACUCAUCGUUAUUGUCGUGCCUUGUGAUCCGGAGCAUUAAUCAUAGAUAAUUAGCCAUUGCGAAAAUGGCUACUACUGUGAUCGCAGAUCUGUGCAUCUUCCUUCUGACCUGGAAUGUGGGCACCCACUCUCCGCGGGAGCAGCAAUUGAACUCUCUGCUGGCCCUGAAUGGAACGACCACCUGUCCGGACAACCAACUGCCCGACAUCUACGUGAUUGGCAUGCAGGAAGUGAGCACCAAGCAGGUGCUAAACAUUUUCCAGGACGAUCCGUGGGUACUGAAGAUCGCUGGCGCCCUGCAGGAACACCAGUUCGUCAAGGUGGAGGCCAAACAGCUGCAGGGCAUCCUCAUAACUAUGUUUGCCCAUCACAAGCACGUUCCGCAUAUGAAAAACAUCGAGACGGAGGCCACGCGCACGGGACUGGGCGGUUUGUGGGGCAACAAGGGCGCGGUGAGCAUCCGGCUGUCGCUGUAUGGCACCGGAGCCGUCUUUGUCUGUUCCCACCUGGCGGCCCACGAUGACAAGCUGAAGGAGCGCAUCGAGGACUAUCACCAGAUAGUGGACAAUCACAAGUACCACGCCCAGGGUUAUCCCCGGAUCUUCGAUCACGACUUUGUCUUCUGGUUUGGCGAUCUCAAUUUCCGUCUCUCUGGCGACAUGUCGGCCUGGGAUGUGCGCACGGAUGUGGAGAACAUGCGGUACGCUGAUCUGCUCAAGCUGGACCAACUGAACCUGCUAAGGGAAAAGGGCAACGCCUUUAGCCUGCUGGAGGAGCAGCAGCCCAACUUUGCGCCCACUUUCAAGUUCGUCGAGGGCACCAAUGAUUACGACUUGAAGCGACGACCGGCCUGGUGCGAUAGGAUCCUGCAUCGCGUGCAGAAUAACGUUUAUCCGGGCGUUACCCUGAGCGCCACCCAGCUGUCUUAUCAGUCCCAUACGGACUACACGCUCUCUGACCACAGACCCGUAUCGGCGACGUUCAGCUACAAGGUUGAGACAUCCAAUCAGACCUACACCGACGAGGAGCUGCACGACAUGACCCAUGGGGCCGCUUCCCCGGGGACCUCUGCUCCCAGUGUUAGUUUUACAUUUGCUUUUAUUGUGCUUGUAGUUGUGCCGUAUUUUCAACUUUGAUUUCGCUUCUUUUGUAGUUUUAUAACGCUGAACUAGAGCAGUGGUAGAGCCGCCGCCCUCGUGACGUCAUUUAAUUUUAAAAUAGUAAUUGAUUUCUAUUCCAAUGUAGAGUAAAUAUAAGAAACGUUGUGGUCGAAGGAGCAAAGGUGACACGUAAAUAAUAUCAAGUACAAUGUGAUGGAAUCUCAGCUAAUUAAGCAAUCAAGAAAAGCAAUUCUCAAGUGAUCCAAGUAUCUUAUAAAGUACCUAAAAAUAUAUAUCAUAAUAUGUAUGUAUAUUCUCAGUCAAUUAAGAAGAGAUUCUUUUAAAGUUGAUUAUCAUGUUUGUAUUAGACAAAUUAAUUUUUUGAGACUUUGAAGUAAACCUGUUGAUCGAAUAAAUAAAUGAUUAGACCUCGAA